AUGGACAUAGAAAAGUUCGAAAGAUUGCGCCCUCUUGGUAGACUCGAGCAAUACUCCACAGCACGACAUGACUUGAGAUUCUACCUUCACGUCGCCAUCACGGCGUCGUAUAUGCUGACUCUGCCAACCACGACUAGCACGCCGACCGAUCCUCAACCUGGCGUGCUGAGAACGUACAUCUACCAAGCCUGUGCAAGGGCCAUUGGCAAACAUCCCAUCCUCUCUGCCAUCCCUGUCGGAGAGAACACGCAGUCCCCACAAUUCGCGAGACUACCGGAGAUCGAUCUGGAGAAAUGCGUGCUGUUUCAAGAGCGUCAACCGAGCACUCCGGCACCAGAUCGAGACCGGGACGUUGAAUUAGACGAACUCCUCACGAUUCAACAUAAUACGCCGUUCGAACCACCCGACCCUUUCUGGCGACUAUGUAUAUUGACGAACUUGAACCCCACAUCCAACGAUCGGUAUCGAUUCACAGCAGCAUUUGUCUUCCAUCAUGCCCUCGGCGACGGGACUUCCGGGAUGGUGUUUCAUAGGACUUUCCACGAGGCGUUGUCCCAAGUCCUGACGACCUCGUCUUCGUCGGCUGCAUACAAAGACCUGAGCACGACUCUAAAAGUACAGUCACCUACCACACCCCUCCUCCCCAACGUGGAAUCCAUCCACGCCAUGCCCGUCACCAUCUUCCAUCUGCUCUCCAUCCUCUUCCGGGAGAAAAUCUGGUCCCCACCCCGCGACCCGGGUUUAUGGACAGGCUCCAAAAUCCUAACGCCUCUGGUCAACAACGUACGGCAUUUUGCAUUCUCACGCUCCGAGACCACCGCAUUUAAAGACCUUUGUCGCGCCAACGGCACCACGAUCACAGCAGCCCUCCAGACGCUCGUUGCUGGCGCGCUGUUCAGCAGUCUCCCCGAUAAUUGGACGAAGCUUGAGUGUCGAGGCGCGCUAUCUGCGCGCCGGUGGCUUGCAGACGCACACAUCGAUGACGAUAGCAUGGGCGUCUGGAUCCAGGAUCUCAACGAGCGGUAUUUGCGCGAUGAGUUCCAGACUGAUCAGAUUGCCAAGACCUUAUGCUUGCUACCGUGGAACGAAGCCCGACGGUCCCGACGGACGAUGGAACAAACACUAGCUUUGAAAGGCCAGAAUGCUGGACCGAAUUUGUUGAAGUAUGUGGAUGAUUUCCAAAAAGAACUCUUCUUGUCGAAGGUUGGGAAGGAACGGGGGUCGAGUUAUGAAGUUUCGAAUCUAGGGGUGUUCAAGAGCAAGAGUUCCCCAAAAGGGGAAGAAGUGCAGAGGACAGAUAAAGGGGAGGGUAGAGCGGAAGCGGAGGUGGGCAGGAUGAUCUUCACACAGAGUGCGAAUGUUACGGGGAGUGCGUUCGAGGUCUCCGUCGUCACGGGGCAAGAUGGUUGUUUGGUCCUAGGGGUUUCGUGGCAGAAGGACGUUGUUGAGGACACGCUCAUUGAGAAGGUGAUCGAUGCUGUCAAAAUGGAGGUCAGGCGUUUGGAAACAGCGGCAGCAAGCAGGUCGACCGAUUGA